AUGGCAGGAGGAGGUUUCGCUACUCAUGGCCGGCCCUCGGGGAACUACGAAGGGGGUGUCACUGCUUUCGUCGUGAUCACUUGCAUGGUGGCUGCUAUGGGAGGUCUCCUGUUCGGGUACGACCUCGGCAUUUCAGGCGGGGUGACCUCGAUGGAUGACUUCUUGGAGAAAUUCUUCCCUUCCGUCUACCAUAAAUCGAAGGACGGGACGGCACGUGACAAGAACGAGUACUGCAAGUAUGACAACCACUUACUCACGCUGUUCACAUCGUCCCUCUACCUCGCAGCACUUGUGGCUUCCUUCUUCGCCUCGGCGAUCACCCGUGCAUCUGGUCGAAAGGUUUCCAUGUUCAUUGGAGGUUUGGCCUUUCUCAUUGGUGCAAUCCUCAACGGCAUCGCUGUGAACAUCACAAUGCUCAUCAUUGGCCGUCUAUUGCUCGGUGUCGGCGUCGGCUUCGCCAAUCAGUCGGUUCCAGUCUACCUAUCCGAAAUGGCGCCGGCAAAAAUCAGAGGAGCUCUAAACAUCGGGUUCCAGAUGGCCAUAACAGUCGGCAUUCUCGUUGCCAAUUUUGUCAACUACGGAACUGCUGAGAUCAAAGGUGGAUGGGGUUGGAGAGUUUCGUUGGCUCUCGCGGCAGUCCCUGCUGUAUUGAUGACAGUCGGAUCUCUCUUCCUACCGGACACUCCCAAUUCGAUCAUCGAGAGAGGCCACCACGAGGAGGCGAGGAGAAUGUUGCAGAAGGUCCGUGGCACUGAGAAUGUCGACCAUGAGUUCCGGGAUUUGGUCGCGGCGAGCGAAGCUGCAAAGAGUGUCGAUAAUCCGUGGAAAAACAUAAAGCAACGCAGAUACAGGCCUCAGCUUGUCAUCUGCUCCUUCAUCCCAUUCUUCCAGCAACUCACCGGCAUAAACGUCAUAAUGUUCUACGCCCCGGUUCUCUUCAAGACUCUGGGCUUCGGCGACAAGGCCUCCCUCAUGUCUGCAGCCAUCAGUGGAGUCGUCAACGUUGUUGCCACGUUUGUUUCGGUUUUCUCGGUCGACAAAUACGGAAGGAGAGCGUUGUUCCUCGAAGGUGGAAUCCAGAUGAUCAUUUGUCAGAUUGCUGUCGGAGCCAUGAUCGGCUUCCGGUUUGGAGUCACCGGGGAAGGAUCCUUCUCGAAGCUUGAGGCCAAUUUUCUGCUGUUCCUAAUCUGCGCUUACGUCGCGGCUUUCGCAUGGUCCUGGGGCCCACUUGGGUGGCUGGUGCCAAGCGAGAUCUGCCCUCUCGAGGUACGAUCCGCUGGGCAGGCCAUCAACGUGUCCGUCAACAUGUUCUUCACCUUCAUCAUCGCGCAGGGCUUCCUCUCCAUGCUCUGCCACAUGAAGUUCGGGCUCUUCUUCUUCUUCGCCGGUUUCGUGAUCCUGAUGACCAUCUUCGUGUUCCUAUUCGUGCCCGAGACGAAGAACGUCCCGAUCGAAGAGAUGGGCAGAGUCAUGAAGGCGCACUGGUUCUGGGGCAAGUACAUCCCCGAUGAAGCUGUCAUUGGAGAUGCUGAUGAUAACCAUUACACUGCUUAAUCUUGCAACACCACAGACAAAAGAAAAAUGCAUUGCUCAUAAAUAAAUCUCAUAUCACCCUUUACGCCGAGGGCGACGAUUGAUCUGGUGAAGAAGUUAAGACCAUUUGACAAAAUUGUGCAUGCAUAA